AUGGAUGGACCGCUACCUCAACUAAAGAAAGAGAUUGAUAAUGGAGUGGAGAAGCAGCAAAGCGAAUAUGUACUAGCAAAACCAUAUGUGAAGAAAGCAAAAAGGGAUAAGAAUAUCUACGAACUACUCGGCCCACCAGAAAGUACCUCCCAAGACUCGAACUCGACAGAACCUACGCAAGUAUCAGCUGAACAAGAGGAAAAAAAGAUGGAGAUACAACUUGGUGACUGGAAAACUCUAGAUGAUGUCAAAACAACCUCUUGA